AGACUCGGUAUAAUGUCUUCGCCAUAUACAAUGUUUGGUUCUCAAAGACAUGUAAACAAAUAAAUAGUUGUGAAGUAAACAAGUGUGCUUUGCAUGGUUAAUGUGAACGAAGAUCUUCAUAUCUUUAAUUAAAAAAAAUGUCGAAAUUACUGCGUCUCGAUACGAUCUGUGCAAGCCGAAAUGCCUUAACGAAGUUGUUAUUCAGUACCUCAACUGCAAAUGGACUCGAACAGAAGUGGAGACGAGAAAAUGGAUUACCUGAAAAUCCAAAUAAAGAGCUCUCAUUAAUCAACACUCCUGACUACACAUUCCUUGAUGGAAGAACAACUCCACUGGGUGUAAGGCAGAAGAAGCGACUACUUAAACAACGUGAAUAUGCGGAAAAAAUUGUGAAGCUGACCCAAGAAAUGGAUUUUGCUGUCGAACGUCAUGAAAGAUUGAAGAGGGAGGAGGAAGAAUAUAGGAAAAAUAUUAUAAACAGUAAACUCAAACCAAAGGGCAAUCUCCUAAAGUUAGAAAAGUGAUUAUUUUGCUGUCCAUUGUCACUUCUCUCUUAUUGUUAAACCUGUUACCUAGAUUAAUAGUGCAGAAUUUGUAUCUGACAUGUAAUUAUUUGUAAUAUAGUAAAGUGAUAUUUUACAGGAAUAA